CUUUUCUUCAACACAAGAAAAAAAUAUCUGACGUAAUUCCAUUUUUUUUCUUCUUCUUGGGGUUUUGCUUUUUAAUUCUCCUUUUAAUCUGUGUUUUGUUCGUAUGUUCAGAUUUAACAAAAAGAGAUUACAGGUUUUGUAAUUCAAGAAAAUAUUGGGAUAAUUUGAUUCACCUGAAACACUUUGUGGGUUUCAAAUCUUGUGCAUCAGUUAAAAAGGAGGACUCUUAUUCACUGACUAAAGGUCUGACUUGAUGUAGGAAGUGCAAAGUUAUUCACAUAUUUGACUGCCGGCAAUUCUUGAUUUAGUUUAAUGUAUUGCCGGAAUCCCAAGUUGGGGUGGGGAUGCUCUAGAACUUUGUGGUCUAGCUUUACAUGCGAAUACAUUGAGGGAGAUAUUUCCUGGUUUACUGAGAUGGGAUCUAUAGAAGAAAAGGUGGACCUUGAAUCUGAUGAGGAGAUCCCGUUUAGUGGGUCUCAAACGUCAAAUAAAAUGCAAUCAUUGAGUUUUGAAACAUCUCAUAUCUUGUCUCAUCCAAAAUUUUCUGCUUCUUGGGUAUUAAGAAAGGUGAAUCGGGUCAGCAUUCUGAGAAGUAUAUACAUUGUGUUGAUCAAAGCAAAGAUCAAUGUCUUGCUGCCGUUUGGGCCCCUGGCGAUCAUGUUACACUAUCUUACCAAAAAGCAUGGAUGGGUGUUCUUCUUCAGCUUACUCGGCAUCACUCCUCUGGCAGAGCGCUUGGGUUAUGCUACUGAGCAACUGGCUUGUUUCACAGGGCCCACAGUUGGUGGCCUUCUAAAUGCUACAUUCGGUAAUGCUACUGAGAUGAUAAUUUCGAUGUAUGCUUUGAAGAAUGGUAUGAUUAGGGUUGUUCAGCAAUCAUUACUUGGUUCCAUCUUGUCAAAUAUGCUUUUGGUGCUUGGGUGUGCCUUCUUCUGCGGUGGGAUUGUUCAUCAUCACAAAGUCCAGGUUUUCAAUAAGGCCACUGCAAUUGUGAAUUCAGGAUUGUUGUUAAUGGCUGUAAUGGGCAUCUUGUUUCCUGCUGUGCUACACUUUACUCAUACAGAAGUGCAUAAGGGCAAGUCGGAGAUUGCUCUUUCACGAGUUAGUAGCUGCAUAAUGCUCAUUGCUUAUGCUGGAUAUUUGUUCUUUCAGCUCAAGAGUCAAAGUAAUCUUUAUAGUUCUCUUGAUGAGGCGGAAGCAAACAACGAUGAAGAUUCUGAUGACGAUGAGGUCCCAGAGAUUACCCAUUGGGAAGCAAUCACGUGGCUUGCUGUUUUGACUUUGUGGAUAUCUAUUUUAUCUGGAUAUCUUGUUGAUGCAAUACAGGGAGCAUCUGAUUCAAUGAACAUGCCCGUUGCUUUUAUAAGUGUUAUUUUGCUGCCCAUCGUGGGGAACGCCGCAGAACAUGCUAGUGCCAUCAUGUUUGCAAUGAAGGACAAGCUUGAUAUUACUCUUGGAGUUGCAAUUGGAUCAUCUACUCAGAUAUCAAUGUUCGUGAUUCCAUUUUGUGUGAUUGUUGGCUGGUUCAUGGGGAAGCCUAUGGAUUUGAAUUUUCAACUCUUUGAGACUGCUACACUAUUUAUCACGGUGUUAGUGGUUGCAUUUAUGCUUCAGGAAGGUCAAUCAAACUAUUUUAAAGGUCUGAUGCUGAUCUUAUGCUACCUUAUCGUCGCGGCUAGUUUCUUUGUGCACAUUGAUCCAUCAAAUGAUGAUGAUUGAAUGCACGAACAUGCGAAGCUUCUCUUGCCUAAGCAGGACUAUAAUUCCAGCAUGAACAAACACCUAACAUCUGUUAUCUAUAUUUUUU